GGGAGGGCAGGUUGUGGAGGGUGGAGGGGGGCGUGUGUUCCUCUUGCACAAGCGCUCCCAUGCUGCGUAGUCUGGAAACCUGACGUGGUCGGGCGGCCGAGCGGUGAGUGACAGAGUUGCGGCAGGGCAGAUCAGAAAGUGCCUGUGACCGCGCUCAAGCCCCCCCCCCCCUCUCUCUCUCUGCUCGCGCACUCCUCUCCGGACCGACGGAGUCGCACGAGACUGGCGACACGCUCCGACACCGGUCGGCUGGCCGCGGGUGACCCGAGGAUCCCACUUUGACGAACGCACUCGGGCUCCGCCGGCAGUGAAAGGUGGAACUAAAACUACAUUCAUUGACUUUGAGAGCGAUGCACUGGCAGCAUGGCCAAGUGGUUCAAGGAGCACCUAGGAUUCAAAACUACCAAAGCACCCCCUCCGGCGCCUCCGAAACCGGACUACAGAAACUGUCACACCGGUGUGCCCGGUGCGCCUGGCUACCAACACACAAGCUCCGGAGCCACCUUCCCGAGCCCCGCUCAACCGGACAUCCUCGCUGCGUACAAACUACAGAAGGAGCUGGACUUCGAGGACCCGUACACUCCAGGUGGAAACAUUUCGUUUGGCCCGAGCUUGAACAGUGGGGGUUCGCAGGACAUCAAGUAUGUGUCGCCAAAACACCGACUUAUCAAGGUGGAAACAAUCGAAAAGAGCAGCCCAGCUCCAGGCGGCGGUGUCACAGUCACCCAAGCUGUUGCUGUAGGGAGCGUUAAGUCGCCAACUUCACCUCCCUCGGACCACGACAGCAAGGAGAAGCCCAUCAUCGUUGAAGACUACGCCAACCCGUUCGAUGCCGAGCAGGCCGGCGGAACUCAGACCAGUACGGAAAAGGUGACGACGGAGAACGAUGGCUACAUGGAGCCUUAUGAGGCCCAGAAGAUGAUGGCAGAAAUACGAUCCGGUGGGCGAGGACCCAAGGAAGGGUCGAUGAGGCAGCCGCCCCUGUACGACACGCCGUAUGAGCCAGCCGAGAACGGCGGAGACUCUGACCCGGAGCACUCGCGCUGCCCCAGAGAAAGCCGGCUGCCCCAGGAUGACGAGCGGCCCCCCGAGGAGUACGACCAGCCCUGGGAGUGGAAGAAAGAGAGGAUUUCCAAAGCAUUUGCAGCUCUGCUUUGUUAUGACUGCAUUAGCUACGAGGGUUCUGUAAGUGGCACUGGAUCAGGUCCCCCCGGAGGAAAGGACUGCGCCUCUAAAUCCCUCACAGUAGAGAUUAAAGUGAUCAAGGACCUACCGUGGCCCCCUCCCGUGGGGCAGCUCAACACCAGCCCUCCCCUGGUGGAGGAGCUGGAGUCUCCCUCCCAGACAGCUCAGCCCUCGCCAGGACAGACGAGCUGUGACCAGCACCACCAUGUCCAGUUUGAUGGUGUGGAGAAGUCUCGAAUGUCGCCUACCAUGGAGGGGAAAACACGCCCGCUGCAGCGACACUCCAGUGGCUGUCUGGUCAACACCAAAAUGUCUUCACUGGACCACUGCAGCUCCUCUCUCGGGGAGCGUGUUGACCCCACCAUGCCCCUGGAAGGCCAGUUCUGGUACCAUGGAGCGAUCAGCCGAACAGAUGCAGAGUCUCUGCUCAGGCUGUGUAAGGAGGCCAGCUACCUGGUGAGAAACAGCGAGACCAGCAAGAACGACUACUCCCUCUCCCUUAAGAGCAGCCAGGGCUUCAUGCACAUGAAGCUGUCGCGGACAAAAGAGAACAAGUACAUCCUGGGCCAGAACAGCUGCCCCUUUGACAGCGUGCCUGAGAUCAUCCAUUUCUACUCCAGCAGGAAAUUGCCCAUCAAGGGUGCCGAACACAUGUCCCUGCUCUACCCUGUGGCCAUCAGGACACUAUAGUGCUCCGGGUCACCUGCAGGUGUCGUUCCCUGCAGCACCCACUGGGCCCACCCUGUGGCUCAACGCUUCCUGUCCCUCUGGACAGAACCCAGUAGGCUCAUGGGAAAGAUGAACAGCGGCGUCCCAGAACUGCUGCUCCCGACUCACCUCACCGGCCGACGGAUUCCCGACCUAUCUUGAAGGCCCACUGCAUACUAUCUUACACAUACAGACUCAAUGUUGCAGAAGUCUUUAUUGUUUUAAUCUUAUUUUAUUUAUGACAGACACCCACUUCAUUGCAUCACGGACUAUCUGAUGAACAUCAUUUCAUUGAUUCUUGAGCUGAUUUCCCUUAGCACUUAACACUCAAAGAAACAGAAAGGUACAGCGUUGUAACAUGUGUCACUGGGGUGUACCUUUUAUCAAAACAAUGUUUUUCUAAGAGUGCACUUCAUGAGAAUUGUAUUAACAAGUUAGUUUGACUUUGCCCAUUUGGUUAGGCUCUGUUGAUACUGUAAUUGUUGGUAAGGGGACUUGAAGAUUGUAAGCGGCGUGUAAGGGAAGCGACAUUUAUGAGGCAUGUUGAGGGAUAUUGUCCACAUGGGCCCCAUACAGUGGUCAGGAUAUUGAAUAAACGGGCCUUCUAUGAAUGGGGAGUCCCCAGCUGCCGUGGAAAUAGCAGGUCUGUGAGCACUGCAGACUGAUCUCUCUAUCUUGUCAUAGUGCAUGCUGUCUGCUAUCCAUCACUGAGUUGGUGUACCACACCAAUGACAGUGUAAGUACCAUAGUGGUGAGACAGGCAGGAGAUCAUGAUGGAUGGGUCAACCCAUCUGACACAGUACAAUUGGCCGAGGCUGGAGACCAGAGCCUGUCCAAAUGGACCAAAUUAGCCCCGCCCCCCGCUCUCCCUCCUUAGAACGGCUUUGCAUCGGGAGAAUGAAAUAUGCCUGCAUUGUCUACCUCAGAAAAUCAAUUUCAUUCGCCCAUCUGCAGAUCAAUAGGUACAAUGGGAUUGCAGACUUCUAUCUGCCCUCCCUUCAACAUUCCCGAUUCACUUAAAAUGACAUCAUCAGUUUUAGGAAUAUGUUUUGUUUUUUUUGAGUACAGAUUAACCAAGAUUUUUUUUAAAUGAAAAAAACAAGCGGAUUUUCCAGAUCAGCAAUUGUAUGUUUAGUCACUAAUAUGAUACUGUGUGAUGUCGGUAACAAGCGUUUGGUUAAUGCCUUAUAAUGCAUGGGUCAAAUCAGUUGGCUAGAUCAACUGAUUUCCAGUUCUGCUUUUAACGAUUGUUCUGUGACUGUAAUUUAUUUGGGGGUAAUUAUCACUGAUGUGUUACUCCUUUGUGAUGUCCCGUCGGCCCGCUCUCCCUCAUUGUUCCGUGCCGAUGUGAUCGUGUUUUCUGGGACUACUCCAGCCUCUUUUUCUGUGGUGCUUUGCUUUUUUUUUGCUGUUUCAAGUUGUGCGAAAAAAUGCACGUUUUCCUAGGUGGCCCGACUCAGGGGACACGAGUCACGGCGAGUGCAUAUUCUCCCCCUGGACCAAUCACAUAGCAGCCUGUUUGAACCGGAAAUACACCUACCUGUAAUGCUUCCACGUCUCUCUAUCAUCUACCCUUUACUACCAGAUGUGCAUACAUGUGUGACUGCGAGUGAGUAUGCAUGUGUCCAACACGCCCAACAUGUGUGUGGGAUCUGUACGCAUAUGAGAAUGUGUGCACAGAUUGUGUAUUUUUACCCUGCUGGUACAAACUGGUGACGGCCCUAGCUUGAACCUCUUUGGUUGUCGGCACCUUUUUUUUUUUUUUUCUUCUCCCCUGACCUCAAGACACUAGAAUUCAGCCCCAUGAUUCAUCGAUAUUCAUUUCUUCUUGUAUUUUCUCAUUAGCCACAUUUUGUUUCAGCAACUCCUACGAAUGACACGGUUGUCUUUGUGGCCGGCUCUCUGCAGUUUAUUGUAACAGAACCAAUAAUAUGUCAGCAUAUAAUACCGCUGACCAAUUACAGCAAGAAGAGUCUAAUGAGAGUGCCUAAAUGCUUGUAACAAACUCAUCAGAUGAAACCUUUGUCAGUCGUAUGAGUUGCAAAUUCUGUGGUUUAAUGAGCAAAUCCGAGUAGAAGUAGAGAUUUUUGGGAAGCUUUGGUCCAAGUGGAAAAUGACUGACCCUUAGAAUUAGAGACUGAUUAAGCGAGCAUGACUGCUGUAUAUACAAAAUCAAAGACAUUUUGGCUUUGACUAUAUCUCCGCUGUGUGCUAUGCAACUAUGAACUGCAGUCAUUGAAGGGGAAAUGAUUGGAGUGUGUGCCUCCACCAAAUGCUUAUGACAAAUGUGAUGGUACAAAAUGUCCACCAGGAAGAGAUGUUAUCAGCAGAAUGACCUGAUUAGUUCAUGAGAAUAAUUUGCAGAAAGUUAGAUGUAUACAGACGUUUAUUUUGUUGGGUGCGUUAGAUAAGCAAGUCAAAUGAGGGUGUCUGUUCAUGUGAUGAUGCAACCUCUGCAGCUUUAUUAAGGAACAGUAUGCUAUUGAAGUGGACCUAUGUAUUUCCUUGAGAGAAGAUAUCCUAAGAAGAAGUGCAAAUUAAAUAAACUAUAAGUGUGAUGUAUCCUUUAUGUUCCCUGUUUAAGAGAUCAAAUGUUGACAGUAUGGCUCGUUAUUUAGUUACUGCUGCUGAUGAGUAUUACUCUCUUAUAGGGAAGAGUCUGUGUUUGACAGCUGCACUGCCUAGAGAGAGGCCUUAGCUUUGGAGAAAGGGAAAAUGAAAAAAGGGGGGAGACAGAGGGGAGGGUGUCCUGGCAGGGGGAGGGAUUUGCUACAAUCAGCAGACGCACUCUUUACAUUAGUGUAUUUCUAUCAAGAAAGCCUGAAAGAGCCCUUCUCCUCCCUCAGAAGUGUCUUAAAGUGUGUGUGUGUGUGUGUGUGUGUGUGUGUGUGUGUGUGUGUGUGUGUGUGCGCGCGCGCGUGUGUGUGUGCGUGAAGCAGUGUUUGUCUGUGUGUGUGUGUACUGGUGGAAGCAACCAACAUCAGCCAUUGACUUGCCCCGUGUGUAUCUUGUGAAUCACUUUACCGUGGUAAAGUGGCACGUAUGACUUUCCUUUUGUGUACAUCUCCGUGCCGUGUGUGUAUGCACUACUAUAACAUAUCUGUGUACAGUCCCUCAUAUGGCCAAAUGUAUAUACUGAAUGUAUUGUAUGGGGACAUAGAGGCAUCAAGGUUCAAAAUAAAUAAAAUUGGGUUUAUGAGUUAAUGUGUGA